GUUAACUGCACAAUGGUUUAGGUGAGCGAAAAAAGGCAAUAGGCACGCGCUCCAUUCUUCUGUCUUGGUUGCACCGUCGGUCGGUAGUUUGAUUUUGAAGCGAAUUAAAUACAAGUAUUUCAACGAUUCUGUGUUGUUAUACAGUAAGAUGCAAGGCAGCCGAGGACCCCGACCAGACCAGCAGAACCAUGGUCCAAGGAGACAACCACAGCAGCCACCACAACCCCCACUUCAGCAUCAAAAGCCAGGAGCCAAUCUAAACAGCAACGGGCAGCACGCUGCCAGCAGCGAGAAACAAAAUCCAGAUCAGGAGUUGACUAUUGAUCUGCAGAACUUCAGGAAGCCCGGGGAGAAGAUGUAUACACAGAGGAGUCGUCUGUUUGUUGGUAACCUGCCAUCGGGUGUGACUGAGGAAGAUGUUGAGAAACUGUUCUCAAAGUAUGGGAAACCUUCUGAGAUCUUCAUCAACAAAGAAAGGAGCUUUGGAUUUAUAAGACUGGAAACCAGAACCUUGGCAGAGAUUGCUAAAGCAGAGCUUGAUGACACCCCUUUCAGAGGCAGACAGCUGCGUGUCCGCUUCGCAACCCACGGAGCUGCCCUUACCGUUAAGAACCUACCUCAGUUUGUAUCCAACGAGCUGCUGGAAGAGGCUUUCUCUCUCUUUGGCCAAUUGGAAAGGGCCAUUGUAAUAGUUGAUGACCGAGGGAGACCCACUGGAAAAGGCAUUGUUGAAUUUACAGCAAAGCCUGCAGCACGAAAAGCACUGGAGAGGUGUGCUGAUGGAGCAUUCUUGUUGACGGCUUUUCCCAGACCGGUGACAGUAGAACCCAUGGACCAGUAUGAUGAAGAUGAGGGCCUGCCUGAAAAAAUAGUUAAUAAAAACCAACAGUUUCACAAGGAGCGUGAACAGCCGCCCAGAUUUGCUCAGCCUGGAUCAUUCGAAUAUGAGUAUGCCAUGAGAUGGAAAGCUCUGAUUGAUAUGGAGAAGCAGCAAUAUGAACAAGUGGAUAGAAACAUCAAAGAUGCAAAAGAGAAGCUGGAGGCAGAAAUGGAGGCUGCACGCCAUGAGCACCAGGUCAUGAUGAUGAGGCAAGAUUUAUUAAGGCGUCAAGAAGAACUGAGGAGAAUGGAAGAGCUUCACAACCAGGAACUGCAGAAACGCAAGCAGAUGGAGCUGAGGCAGGAGGAGGAGCGCCGGAGACGCGAGGAAGACGUGAGAAUGCAGCAGGAAGAGCUUAUUAGGAGACAGCAAGAAGGCUUCAAGGGAAACUUUAGUGAGAGUAGAGAACAGGAGAUGAGAAUGACCAUGGCAGGACAAGGAAUGGGAAUGACCAGAAAUUCAAUGGGUGGUAACCCUAUGCCUGCUGGACCUGUUGCCAUUCAGACUGAAGGAGGAUCAAUAAUGCACAAUGAUCGCUUUUCUAUGGGAGGUCCAAUGGAAGCACAAGGAAACGCCAUGCCUGGUGCUGGUCCGGGAGGAUUUCCCAGAGGACCCCAAGGGGCUGACUUUGGCCCAAACAAACGUCGCCGAUAUUGAAACCUUGUCCACAUCUUACUGUAAGGAGUUGCCCAUUUAGACUGCCACAGGUAUUUGGGUUUUUGUGUUUAAUGGAUGGAACCUACUGUGCAGCAGUCUGAGCAUUUGUGAACUUUUCUAAAAUGUCUGUCUUUUUAAGGAUUUUUUUUUUUUUUUUUUUUAAUGGUAGGUAAGCUUUGAAAACUUUAAUUGGGUUUUACUCUGGUGCUAUCUUUCUAUUUGGAAGUAUAUAACUAGGAGACAUACGAGCAGAUACAUAUUUAUAUACCCAGAGUAGUCUACUUCACAGGUAAUGCCGCUUGGACCACAAUCUAAUUCACUUUGAGGUUUUUUUUUUUUUUUGUUUUUGUUUUAAGAACCCUUUUUUAUAUGUUUUAAAUUUGUUCCGAGUGCACAAUGUGUGUUUUUUUUUUUUUUGGUAAAGAAACAAAUCAAGUGUAAGAAUAGUUUAGGUCAACAGAUACUUAUUCAGAAGUAACAUUUUCCCAUUUGUUGUACUCUGCCAUUCAGAAGUCUGCAAAAAAAAUACCUGCUGUUCAUUGCGUCUUGAAAUAAUAAACUGUUUAAACACGUGA